AUGAUUUAUUAACCAUCAUAAAAAUGUAUAUAGAUUCCAUCUACAUUUAGUUGGUUUUAUUGAAAGGGCUAUGCAACAACUCAAGCCCCUGAUGUGGUGAUUCGCAGUUAUAUAAAUUCUAAUACACAAUCAAACUAAAUAGCAUAAUGGGAUACAGAUGUGUUUAAGAAUUACAGAUCUCCAUUUGAGAAGAAUCUCAUUUAGCAUUCUGGCGCAUUAGAAUAAUUAAAUGAUUUUGUAUUUGAAAGAUUAUAGGCUGGAAGACAUGGGAUAGUGAAUCAUCCAAUGAUAUUAACAGAAUUCUUUGCUACUACUGAUUUAGCAAGAAUGGUAGUGUUAGAGCAAAUAUUUGAAUGUUAUUAGGUUCCAAGUGUUAUGUUAGGAGUGGAUGCAUUGUUUUCUGUAUUUCAAGAUGAUUUGGAAGCUUAUUUAAAAUAAACAUAGCUUAUAGUUCAUCUUGGUGAUCAAACUGUUCAUGUAACACCAAUUGUUAAUGGUCAAGUGGUAUAUUCAAAUAUCAAAAGACUGAAUUUGGGAGGUUUAAACAGUUUGAAAUACUUUUAUUAAACAAUCCAAUUAAGACAUCCACAUUUAAAAUUUACAUAUGCUCAAAUGGAUUAUUGGCAUAAAUAAUAUACUAGUGUGGCCAUAGAUUAUCAACUCUAAUUGCGUUAUUUUUAAGGACCAUAAUAAUAUUAUGGAUAUAGAGAUAAAAUAUCUGAAUAAAAUAGAUUUUAUGAUGAUUAAUUAUAAUUUUUAGAUCCAAUAUAUAUUGAUAUACCUAUUGUAUAGAAAAUUGUAAGUGCAGAAGACUUAAAGAGAAAGGAUGAAAAUAGAUAAAGAAUGAGAGUUAGAUUAUAGGAAUCUAUAUAAUAAAGUAGAUAAAACAAGAAGUCUUAAUUAGAAUAACAAUUAAUGUCAUUAUAAUAGGAAUUAGAAACAGAUUAAAAUAAUGAUGAACUUAAAAAGAAAAUUACAACUUUAUAAGUUAAACUUGGUUUAGCACCUAAAGAAGCUUUAGAUGAAUUAAAAUAUAAUUUAUUAAAUGUUCCUGAUGAUAAACUUACACCAUCUUAAUUAAAUUAAAAGAGAUAUUAAAAAGUUAUGCAUGAAUAAGCAUUACUCAAAAAAUAAAAAAAUUAAGAAUUUAAAUAAUUAUAAAAAGAUGCUAAUAAAUUUAAAUUAGAAGAACCUGAAAAAUAUUUAUAAAUGCUUUAUGAAAAAAGAGAUCGUAUAGUACUUUCAAUUCAAGAAAGAAAAAAAUUAUAAUAAGAAAUGAAUAGUAGGAAUUCAAGAUUCAAUUAAAAAAGAAUCUAAACUUUAGCUUUUCUUGGAGCUGAUGAUAAAGUUGAAGAUGACUUUGGAAAAGAUGAUAAAGAUUGGGAAAUUUAUAGAAGUGUUACAAAAGAAAUAGAUUCUGCUGAUGAAAAGUCAAAAUAUAAACUAUAAGAAAUUGAAUAAGAACUAAAAGACCUAGAUCCUGAUUUCGAAAUCAAAAUUCUUAAAUCAAUAGCCAAUGUUCAUNAUAAAUUUAAGGAUUCUAAUACACAAUCAAACCAAAUAGCAUAAUGGGAUACAGAUGUGUUUAAGAAUUACAGAUCUCCAUUUGAGAAGAAUCUCAUUUAGCAUUCUGGCGCAUUAGAAUAAUUAAAUGAUUUUGUAUUUGAAAGAUUAUAGGCUGGAAGACAUGGGAGAGUGAAUCAUCCAAUGAUAUUAACAGAAUGCUUUGCUACUACUGAUUUAGCAAGAAUGAUAGUGUUAGAGCAAAUGUUUGAAUGUUAUUAGGUGCCAAGUGUUAUGUUAGGAGUGGAUGCAUUGUUUUCUGUAUUUCAAGAUGAUUUGGAGGCUUAUUUAAAAUAAACAUAGCUUAUAGUUCAUCUUGGUGAUCAAACUGUUCAUGUAGUACCAAUUGUUAAUGGUCAAGUGGUAUAUUCAAAUAUCAAAAGACUGAAUUUGGGAGGUUUAAACAGUUUGAAAUACUUUUAUUAAACAAUCCAAUUAAGACAUCCACAUUUAAAAUUUACAUAUGCUCAAAUGGAUUAUUGGCAUAAAUAAUAUACUAGUGUGGCCAUAGAUUAUCAACUCUAAUUGCGUUAUUUUUAAGGACCAUAAUAAUAUUAUGGAUAUAGAGAUAAAAUAUCUGAAUAAAAUAGAUUUUAUGAUGAUUAAUUGUAAUUUUUAGAUCCAAUAUAUAUUGAUAUACCUAUUGUAUAGAAAAUUGUAAGUGCAGAAGACUUAAAGAGAAAGGAUGAAAAUAGAUAAAGAAUGAGAGUUAGAUUAUAGGAAUCUAUAUAAUAAAGUAGAUAAAACAAGAAGUCUUAAUUAGAAUAACAAUUAAUGUCAUUAUAAUAGGAAUUAGAAACAGAUUAAAAUAAUGAUGAACUUAAAAAGAAAAUUACAACUUUAUAAGUUAAACUUGGUUUAGCACCUAAAGAAGCUUUAGAUGAAUUAAAAUAUAAUUUAUUAAAUGUUCCUGAUGAUAAACUUACACCAUCUUAAUUAAAUUAAAAGAGAUAUUAAAAAGUUAUGCAUGAAUAAGCAUUACUCAAAAAAUAAAAAAAUUAAGAAUUUAAAUAAUUAUAAAAAGAUGCUAAUAAAUUUAAAUUAGAAGAACCUGAAAAAUAUUUAUAAAUGCUUUAUGAAAAAAGAGAUCGUAUAGUACUUUCAAUUCAAGAAAGAAAAAAAUUAUAAUAAGAAAUGAAUAGUAGGAAUUCAAGAUUCAAUUAAAAAAGAAUCUAAACUUUAGCUUUUCUUGGAUCUGAUGAUAAAGUUGAAGAUGACUUUGGAAAAGAUGAUAAAGAUUGGGAAAUUUAUAGAAGUGUUACAAAAGAAAUAGAUUCAGCUGAUGAAAAGUCAAAAUAUAAACUAUAAGAAAUUGAAUAAGAACUAAAAGACCUAGAUCCUGAUUUCGAAAUCAAAAUUCUUAAAUCAAUAGCCAAUGUUCAUCAAUUAGGAAUGAAUCUCAGUCAAGUCCAAUUAAGUGUUGAUCGAGUGAGAUGUUAAGAAAUCUACUUUUAACCUAAUUUAAUUGGAGUGGAACAAUAAGGAUUAGUAGAUAUGAUUAAAUUAUCAUCUAAAGGUUUAGAUAAGCUAUUAUUAUAAAACAUUAUCCUAACUGGAGGUGGAGCAAAAACAUAAGGAAUCAUGUAAAGAUUGUAGAAAGAUUUAAUAUCAGAAUAUGAUUGUCCAAUUGAUAUUAAAAUAGCUUCUGAUCCAGUAUUUGGAACUUGGUUUGGAAUGAAAAACUUUGCGAAUAAAUAUUAAAGUAUGAUUUCUUAAUUUUCUAUAUCAAUUGAUGAUUAUAAUGAAAUUGGUACUUAAAAAUGGGAGAUAUUUAAAUAGCAUCCAUUUUCAAAUAUUGUAGAUUGA